AGUGUAGCUGCAGUUCCUCUCGUCCCACUGAAGUAACACAAAAAGUUAAAGUAUUACUUGGCGAUAAUAUCAACCCCUUGUUAUGUGGUCGCAAGUAGCUCAGAAACAGAAUCCAUUACCAUUUCUUCGUCAAGUCGCAAGAUCAGAACUUCUACACUUUUAAACACUUUCUUUCUUUCUCGUUCCUUCUCACGGCAACAUCGAAGAACAAAGAUGUCGACCAGCAGAACGAAAGAUGUCCAUCUCACGCUCUCGACACCUUGUCUUCUACCCUCGCGACCCCCACCGUGCGGAUUUUAUUGUCGCGUUCCCGGCGGAAGAUGUAAAAGCAUUCAUCUUCGAGCUGGUGCUGGUCACAGUGGCGGAGGUCUUUGUUCCUUCAUGAUAAGAUUCUACCCACUCGGGAUCUUCAUGAUCGGCAGUCAAAAUGAUCAACCCUCGUCCUCGGGCUUUCCCUUCUUCGCCACAGCGGUCGACCACCGCAAAACGACCACAAAAGACCGCGAAGAUGUUGAUCACCUUACUACCCUCGACUCACCGCCGGUGGUCCCUAGUACGGCUAUUCCCCCUCCUGAGGACGCGAACAAACUUCGACCCGGCGCGCAGCUCCUUUCCCAAGAUGAUUCCACCGCGAGGCCCGACGUCACGCGCGACACCGCCGCCGCGUCCGCAGCUGAGGAUGGUAGAGCAGUACUACCACCUGAAGUAGAAAAAGCAAGAACUCGUCCUCGCCCGCGAGGUUUCCUGCAGCGCCGUGAGAACGACACGCCGGCGUCGUUGUUCGUGGCCACGUUUUAUCCUGUGCAAAAGCAUCGUACUCGUACUAAUCGCAGUCCUGCAAGACAAAUUUCAUUUUCUAGCUAAAUCAGCAUGACAAAUUCUCUUUGUCAUGCUUUGGUAAUUUGUGUUGCAGUACUACGAGUACGAUACUUUUGCAGUUCAUACGUUUUCGGCGUUGGAAACGGCGUCGGACUUUGCGCAGAGGAUGUGGGAGGUGUACGGAAGCGGGGAGGUGGCGGCGGUAGAAGAAGAAGGAGCAGAAGUUGGUUUGGACUUUAUUCAUCAGGCUGAAGGUCGUGGUGAAAAUCAAGAAAAUUCAACAUCGGAGAUGAAGAAGAAGUUCUUGUCCGGAAAUGACCAUGAUGGCAUCAAAAGCCAAAGUUUGUUGGAAAAGGAUCGUGCGGGUGAUGUCACGGCACUGCAUGACCAACAAGAAAAACGAGAUUUAGUACCCCCGGACAGCGGUACUGCUGGGGGGACGGAGGACCAGGUCAAGAAGAAACCUGUGGAAGAUGGCGGCGCCGGGGAGGAAGAGAAAGGGAAACAGGGCCAAGGCCCAGAAGUUCUUGUGCCGCAGGGCCAACAAGAACGGCAAACAAGCGAGGACAACGGAAGGCCAUCCGUAGUAGAGCAGGGGAGCUUGUUGGAGGAGCGACAAAAAGGGCCAGCUGCUCACGCAAUAAGAGGGCUUCUCCACGUUUUGGCGCAGAACGCAGCUAGCGGCGCAAAAGGGGGGGCUUCCAAGGUGGCAGCUGCCGCGCGACCGGUUGCGAAAACCGCUUUCGGAGCGACGCACCAGGACCCUACAACAGAUGACGUUUUGACAUUGUCCAAAAAGAUCGCCGAUGACCCAGACUUUGUCAAGGCCAUGUGGGAUGUAGCGGCAAUCCACAAGGAGAAUGCAGGGACCUGGGACCCCACGGAACUAGACCCGGCCACUAAGGAUUUCCAACAAAUCAUUGAAAAAAUUGUCGAACGGGAAGUAGGCGAGGCGCUUGCAAAACUGAAGGAGAAGGAAAUCCCAGACACCAGGUUGGAACAGUGGCAGGGAAAACACAGAGAGGAAAUCAUAGGUGGCGCGGAGAAAAAAGAAGCGGAACACUAUGUCUUGUCGAACAGAGGCAGUGGCCAUGUGUAUUUUCACGUGUGGGUCCCGCUAAGCAGAGAUGGCAUGUUGUUGACGUUGCAUGGGCCAUCCAAGGAUGGCAAGCCACCGACGACGAGUCAUCCGGAUGCAAGUGAGGUUUACCCUGUGACACAGGCGGAAUGGGCAGAUAUCGCGGAGGAAUGGAAGAAAAUAUUUGCAGGGUUUGGCUUUUUUCACGGCUCGUUGCUUCAUCAAGGCAUCUUCGGCGGCCCAGCGCGGGUCGCGGCUAGAGCGGCGGAGGUGCAUGAAGAUCAUCCCAAUACCGAGUCCUCGAUGUUGGAGAAACAAGACAAGUUGACAGCAGCAGCACCCAAGAACCAAGCUGAAGUGCAACAACUACAGCCGCACCAAGAAAAAUCGUCCGACGUCGGUCGCAACAAGGCAGGGCACGCGGCAGCCCAGACCCCACAACUGGAAGAGGCCGUGGAGAGUGAUCACGACGCGAACCCAGUACGAUUGCACCCCAGCGACGAGGAGGAGGACCAGGACCAUGUAUAGUUGUCAUUGUUUCAGGAGCUCGUGCAAGAAGCGAUCCAAAAGCUUUGAGGUCAACUUGGCGGAAAUCGACCAAACAAAACAGUCUCGAUAAAAUAGAUUCCUCGGUGUUUUCUGGGAAACAUGUCCAUGCGCGACAGACACAAACAAGAGAACGCGCACAAUGAGGCUAUCUAUUCGAGUAAUUUUACAUACACCUACAGCUAGACGAAUACGAAAAGAAGUCCUUUUUUCAGCAAGUUCAUCAUAAAUCUAUUUGUAUUUUUUCCGCAGAGGUAGUUAUUUAGUUGUCUUUUUUCAAUAGCUGUGUGUGUAGAUCGAGAUCUGAAACAACCACGAGCACUACCCGAGUUUUGAAUUUUUCUCCCCACUGCGAAACGAACAUUUCAGCGGAGCCCGCGCGUGCUCACCAUCAGAAGUGCGAACUGCGAGGAGCGGGGCGCACCGCCUAAAGUUCUAAAAAGCAAACACGCACUAUAGAUAGAUAGAUAGCUCUCGAACCAGAGGUUUUUCUUGAAGUAGCGCUAGAGGAAAAAGGUGUGUACACGCGUUUCCACCUUCACGCAUAAACACAAACAAACAAACAAGUCUUCAGCCCCAGAUAGAUUCAGUUUCAAAAACCGAAGCAAAGCGUUUGGCGCCAGGUUAUAAGCAGUUUGUUGCCG